AUGGAACAUAAAGAUGGAUGGAGUGGUGGAGAAACGACUGCAGCGUACAAUACAACCGAGCGGACGCAGGCCGAUCGCGAUCGCGUACGCAUUGAAUUCUAUGCUACCUACGACGUCAUGACCGGCAUUCGUAUAGCCGCUACACUUGGCGGCUUUUUUGCGCUAAUGGUCUUUUUAAUCGUUUAUAAAAGCAGGAGUAAAUCUGUGAAAGCAUUGAAUGAUCCAAAAAUUGUAGAGUUAGCUGAGGCCGUCGUGGCCGAAGAGCAAGCCGUGGAGGAAGAACGACAGUUAACUGCCGCUUUAGAGGAAGCACUCUCAGAACGAGCUCGUUCUCGUCCAUCGAUAGGAGAAGAACCACUCUGGCCCAGAACUUCACGUUUCGCUUCCUAUGGUGGAGGGUAUGGUAGCUUGUUAGCACCACCCCGGAGACUUUCGACAUUGCGCGGUGAUUCACUUCCCGGUUCUGCACUAAGGUUUAUUGAAAGGCGUGCAUCGGGAGGGCCUCGUGAUAGGCGGUUAAGCUCAGCUACAUGUUCGAGCUCGGGGAGUUCCUAUCUGGAGAGGCGCGGUUCCUCAGUAGUGUGCUCCUUACCGGAACGGCGUCUGUCACCAUGCCCUAGUGAACGACUUGCGCCGCUCGCCUCGGUCAGUAGUGUUGGUCCGUCAUUUGUUGUGGAGUGUGACCUUGCGUCCGUGGGGGCGGAUUCAGUAUUCGCAGAGGACGAUGCAGAGUCCACUGAUGAUGAGGUGGAGCAGUUUUCGACUGAUAGCGGCGGACCUGAGGCCGGCACGUCCGAGUGCACGGAACUUACGAGUCGGCCGAUACUUCCUUUACGUAUCGAUCGCGCUUCACACUCUCGUGAAACGUUAUUCUAG